AUGGAGACCAACCCGUACGUGUUUAAGAGCCUCGUGCAGAUCUACGAGGAGUACCUAAAUCUGAUGAUACACCGCGUGAAGGGUUACAAAGUACUUAUCCUGGACGACGAGACGAAGACGAUAAUUUCGCUGAUCUUCUCACAUUCGUAUAUUUUAGAAAAGGAAAUAUUCCUUACGUUGAAUUUUAACGACAGCAACAUUUUCGAAGAUGCAACAAACGGCAGUGGAAAAAAUGAUAAGUUUGACUUCAAAAAUUACAAAAUAAAAAAUCUGAAACAUCUGAAGGCCAUUUUCCUCUUAAGGCCUACACAUACUAACAUCCUAAAGUUAAUGAAGGAGCUGAGGAGACCAAUAUUUCUAGAGUAUUACCUCUUCUUCACCAAUGUCCUGAGCGAUAAGUACACGGAGAAACUAGCCAAGGCGGAUGAAUUUGAGGUGGUAAAGAAUAUUAUGGAGUACUACAUAGAUGCCUAUGUCCUCCAUGAUAAUUUGUUUUCCCUAAAUAUUGACUACACCUCUUUUUUCUACAAAAACGAUCAUAAUAAUUACCUGUCCGUUGGAGAUAGAGGUAGGAACAGAAGGAGGAAAAAAAAAGGUCCCUUUUUGAAAAAUACACCAGGUAUGCACUGGACUGAUGGAAACUACAACCUAGGGGAUGAUGGAAAAAUAUAUGAUAAACUCACUAUUGAUGAAUUUGAAGAAAUUGGGGAAGGAAAUAUGGAUUCCUUUUCCAAUGGACAAUUUCAAAAUAAUAAUGAUUACAACGUCAACACCAUUGUCGAUGAUGAUGUGGCGAAUUACUCUAACUUUGACCUGUUUGAAAAUCAAGUGGUUCAGAGGAUAGUAGACGGAGUAUUUUCUCUUCUCUGCUCCGUUAAGCAAGUGCCCGACAUUAUUUACAAUAGGAAGUCUCCCAUUUGUAAGCACAUAAUUGAUUUGUUAAAAAUUAAGAUGCUAAGAAAUGAAUCUGUUUUUUCUGGUGUGUUGGAUUCCUACGAAAGAUAUAAUGGAGAGGUACAGAGGCACAUAAAAAUGGCUAGUCAGCAGGGCGAACAUAGUAAUUACCAGUUUAAUAGCAUCAUUGGGAAUCAGCCUCCCAAUAUGGGGACUGAGGGAAAUUGUUGCUAUAUGCUAAUUCUGGACAGAAGGGAAGACCCCAUCACUCCUCUACUAACCCAGUGGACUUACCAAGCGAUGCUUCACGAACUUAUCGGUAUAGAAAACAACAAAAUAAAUAUGGGAAUCAAUCCAGAAGAAUCUCAAAUAGUUAUGUCGUGCAUAUAUGAUGAUUUUUACAAUGAGCAUUUAUUUGACAAUUUUGGAGAUCUCGGAAAGGCAGUCAAAACAUAUGUAGAUGUGUACCAAGAGGAAACCUCUCGAAAGAGCAACUUAGAAUCGAUAGAUGAUAUUCAGAAGUUUAUAGAGAUUUACCCAAAUUAUAAAAAGCUAUCUGGAAAUGUUACCAAGCAUGUGAAUAUUCUCCACAAAUUUUCUGAAAUUGUAGAAAAGAGACAAUUAUUUUAUAUGUCCGAACUAGAACAGUCCAUUGCCAUUUACGACAAAAAAAGUGAACACUUCAAGCAGGUCAUUGAGACCAUUAGAAAUGGAAUGUACAGUAAUUAUGAUGUGUUACGGCUGUCCUUGUUAUACAGCCUGAAAUACGAGGACGAAGAAGAAGUCGAGAUGAUAAAAACGGAAUUGACCAAAAGAAAUAUAGACAAAGAUCAAGUGCUACUGAUAGAUGCCUUACUAAUGUAUGCGAAUGAAGAAGCGAGAAAUAAUCAGCUAUUCAAAGAACAAACAUUUUUAGACUUUGCAAAAACGACGAUAACGAGAACGAUCAAGGGGACCUCAAAUGUUUUUACCCUACACAAAUCAUAUAUUUAUUACCUCAUUGAAGAUUUGUUGAAAUCCAAGCUGGAUAGUCAAACGUACACGACGACCAAUUUGCUGAACAUCGAACCUAAUGUGAAUAAGCGAGUCAACUCCAUGAUCAUAUUCUUCAUCGGGGGGGCCACCUACGAGGAGUAUCGCGACCUGCAGUACCUGAGCAAGCGGUACAACAUUUCCUUUCUGCUCGGCGCUACUCAGAUCCACAACUCGCAAUCCUUCCUGGCGGACGCACUGCAGCUGGUCAAGGACUGA